UGAUCAAUGGCGACAAUCUCACAUGCUGAUAUGCUGUAUCUCGGGAAGGAUCGCCUCUAUCUAUCUAUGAUCUAUCCAGCCGUCCGUACUGGCUAGAAUCCAUCUCUUGCAGGCUGUGCCUUCCCCCUGGCCCCUGGCCGGAGCAGCGAUAUAUAAAGCGUAUGUGCAGGUGCGGCACCUGGGCAGACCAUCCAUCAGGUGAGACUUGAGAGUGAGGGGUAGGGUAGCUACCAGGAGGAGAGACGGACAUGCCGAAGCUUCAGAGGUACAGAGGCGUGAGGCAGAGGCACUGGGGCGCCUGGGUCUCCGAGAUCCGCCACCCGCUCAUGAAGGCGAGGGUCUGGCUGGGCACGUUCCAGACGGCGGAGGACGCGGCGCGGGCCUACGACGAGGCGGCGCGGCUCAUAAGCGGGCCGGGGGCGCGCACCAACUUCCCCAACAACGGCACCGGCGGCGGCAGCAUCUCCCCGAGCCUGCGCGCCAAGCUGGAGAAAUGCUUCAUGUCGACGUCACCGGCGCCGGCGGUGAAGGACGAGGCCAGCGGCGCGGGACGAGGUAACAACGAGCACGUCAAACCCAGCGGCGCCAACGGCUGGGCCGCCGACGAGGGCGACGAGGAUUGCAUCGAGGAGAUGAUCAGGGAGCUGACCCACUACGGCUCCGUGGAGAUCGUCCCCUCCUCCGCCUGCUCCAGCUCCAUGCUCUAGGUAGCUAGCC